UAGUCCCGAAAGAUAGGUCCAGUAAUGGCGGAAACGAUCUCAACACUCUCUUACUCUCUCUCUCUCUCUCUCGCACUUUUUCUAAGGAUUCACCAUUUCUCAAGCUUUCGCCACUGCAAAAUGCCAUUUCCAAAGCUUCUACUCUCUUCCUCCUUCCUCUACCAAACUCAAACAUUAUCCCCAUUUCCAUGUUUCCAUUGCUUUAACCUAACUUACUCUUCCCUAUUUUUCUGUCUUCCACUCACACUUUCAGAGGGGAGUAACCUCUCAGAGAUGGAAGAAAGCCAAGCUUUUUGUUCAGGUGGUUAUGACUAUGUGCCUGGUAUGGUGGUUGUGGACAGCAAUGGCGGACGCGGGUAACUUGAAAUACAAGGACCCUAUGCAACCAGUUGCUGUUCGAGUUAAGGAUCUUCUUGGUCGAAUGACUCUGGAAGAGAAAAUUGGUCAGAUGGCUCAGAUUGACAGGAGCGUUGCGAAUGCUACAGUUAUGAAAAAUUAUUUCAUCGGAAGUGUGCUAACUGGUGGUGGAACUGAGCUACUUCCAGAUGCUCGUGCUCAAGACUGGGUUAACAUGAUAAAUGAAAUUCAGAAAGGUUCUCUUUCUACCCGAUUGGGUAUACCGAUGAUGUAUGGUGUUGAUGCUGUUCAUGGCCAUAACAAUGCUAACAAUGCUACAAUAUUUCCUCAUAAUGUUGGACUUGGAGCUACCAGAAACCCUGACCUAGUUCGAAGAAUUGGUGCUGCAACGGCACUUGAAGUUAGAGCAACGGGGAUUUCUUUUGCUUUUUCUCCAUGCAUUGCGGUAAAAUCAUGUUGCUAA